AUGUCAGCAGUGAUAAGUCUGGCGCUUCUGGCCACGUUCCUCUACGUCUGCAUUGAGUUUGAGGAAGACCUGGGAUUUCCCUCCAAUGCCUUCCAGACCUGGCAAACUCUGAUUGUGGGUGAACCAACGUUGGUCGACGCACGAAUUUCCCCGCAGGAUGCGAUUCGCUACCUUUCCGUGUCUGCAUGUUUCCUUGUGUGCAACACCGUGUUGAUGAACAUCUUCAUCAAUGUGACGGGUGCGUCGUAUCUGCAGGAAAGAGCCAGUGUUGUGGGCACAUUUGCUGUGGAGCGGUUGCAUAUUUGUGUGGCAAGCACGUCAGUCUCCACUUGUGUGCGGCGAUCUGUCGUGGGAGCCUUUACUCUCGUCUGGUCGCUAUGGCUCACCUACAUUCUGCUCACCGCCGAGUUCUCGGGCGCUGUGCCAGUGAUCGUUGCCAUAGCCACCUUCCACGCUACGUUCUUCUGUGCCGGGCGCGCAGCGAAGGCAGCCGUGGCGGACUUAGAUUCAGAGCUCUCCGAGCUGCGGUAUUUGUGGAUCUGCCGCCGGGCCAAUCGCCCGGGCGCCGCCGUGGCCUCGCAGACCCGGCCCGGGCAGCAGAGUGCCCUGGAGCAAGUCAGGGCACUCCAGGCCCGCUUCGGGAAGGCACAGGACGAAACCGAGUCGGUGGUGCAAGUUUGA